AGAUAACAGAGCAUCUGUGUUUUGACGCUGACAAAGAGUUUUUAGUGAAAGUUUACUCUAAGAUAAAACUCCAAAUUAAUCCUAAAUUUUUUACUUAAAAUCUUCAUCAGGAUGGCAACGACGGGCCCGUUACACCAAGUUGAUACACCCUACGAAGUGGCAACACUAGGUAUGGGAUGCUACUGGGGCAGCGAUUCUUUGUUUGGAGCCACGAAGGGUAUCCUAAGGACCCGUGUAGGUUAUGCUGGAGGGACUACUGGUGCUCCUCAAGGAAAAAAUAUAGGUGACAACGUUGAGGUGAUCGAACUUCACUAUGACCCUUCGGUAAUCAGCUAUUCGAAACUGCUCGAUAUCUUUUGGAAGAAUCACGAAUAUCUUGCCUCUGCCAGACUCAAGCGGGAAUACAUGAGUAUGAUAAUGUAUCAUUCCGAAGAUCAGCGGAAGCUAGCCGAGGAAAGUAAAAUCACACAACAGAAAAAGGAAACAGAUGAUCAAAUUGUUACAGAAAUUGUUCCUUCGUCGGAAUUCUACCCGGCUCAAGACCACAAUCAAAAAUAUCGUUUGCAAGGUCAUGUUGAUUUGGCAAAAACCUUGAACCUGACGACGGACUUGCUGCAAACAUCCCACGUAGCAGCUCGCUUGAACGGAUUUCUCGGCGGAGCCGGUUCUCUCGAACAGUUUGAGCUGGAAUCUCAGCACCUAAACCUGUCACCGGAGCAGAUUCAGUAUGUGAAAAAUUUUCUCAUCGAGAAUCCUGACAUGGGAAUUUCCUGCUGAGCUGAUAAGUUUUUGAUAACUCUGCACCGAUGCACUUACCGAAAUAUAAAUAAUGACUUAUCAAAGCUGCACGUGUUCAACUGGUUCCUGCAGAGAUAGUCCCAAAUCAAAACAUAAUAAAAACAUCCCGGGACCUGUUAUCUACAUACCGCAACCAUCGCGAGCCGUUAGGUCAUAGAUUUCGCUAUCUUUUUAGGCAGGUUCGUUGAAAGUGGCGCAAUUGAAAUGACAUUCAGGUGUCAGAAAAUUGCGUUGAUGCCGAUGGAGGGCAAUCAACUUUCCAAAACCAAAUUAAGCUAGUCUAUCCCUAUUCUAUGCCCAUAUGUGAUAUCACAAAAAGCGAGAUUUUGAGGUGUCAAAUAGUUGCAAGUAGACCGAAGGAUCGAUUCGAUCAACCCCGUAAACUCUUCCCGCGGGAGCGAAUCAUG